AUGGUCGGGGCGCUGCACGAGACGGUCCGGCGGCUUCUGGUGACGCGGAGGGGCGUGCGGACCCCGUACCGCAACCCGCACCGCAAGUUCCUACUCCGCGCCGCCGACCUGCCGCCGCCCGGGAAGCUGCGACCCCUGGCGCCGGACAUGCAGUGGGACGCGGUGCGGAGCGGGGACGUGCCCCUGAUCAUCUCCAGGACCGACAUCCCCAAGACUAAUCAUCAUACUGACCGAUCGCUAUACAAAGGUGUCGACGGCACGCUUUCGACCCUCCACUGCGAGGUGAGUUGA